AAAUCAUUACAAAUGGAGAGAAAAACAUCUCAAAUCCAACCUCCAACUUAUGGAGAUUUCAUUACUAUUCUUAGUAUUGAUGGAGGUGGCAUUCGAGGAAUUAUUCCAGCUACCAUUCUCACUUUUCUUGAAUCGCAACUUCAGGAGUUGGAUGGAAAAGAUGCAAGACUUGCAGAUUACUUUGAUGUUAUUGCUGGAACUAGCACUGGUGGCCUUGUUACGGCCAUGCUAACGGCUCCAGAUGAAAAUCAUCGUCCACUUUAUGCUGCUAAAGAUAUUACACCGUUCUAUUUAGAGCAUUGUCCAAAAAUAUUUCCACAAAAGAAAUGUGGUUUGUUUGCUCCAAUUGGAAAGAUGGUGCAAGCUCUAAUAGGACCAAAAUAUGAUGGAAAAUACCUACAUAAAGUCGUAAAGGAAAAAUUGAAAGAUACUUACCUUAGUAAUACUAUUACUAACGUUGUUAUUCCAACUUUUGAUAUAAAGAAAUUGCAACCAACCAUUUUCUCCACUUAUGAGACGAAACGAUCAACAUGUUGUGAUGCAAAAUUAUCGGAUGUUUGUAUUAGUACAUCAGCAGCUCCAACUUAUCUUCCAGCUCAUUAUUUCAAAGUUGAAGAUGGCAAAGGCAAUGUUAAAGAACAUAAUCUCAUUGAUGGUGGCGUUGCUGCUAAUAAUCCAGGUUUGAUUGCAAUAUCGGAAGUAAGCAAAGAGAUAUUCAAGAACAAUCCAGAUUUCUUCCCAAUAAAGCCAAUGGAUUAUGGUCGUUUUCUUGUAAUAUCAUUAGGGACAGGAGCUGCAAAAUGUGAACAAAAAUAUAAUUCAUUGAUGGGAGCCAAAUGGGGGAUUGUAGAUUGGUUAUUUCACAAAGGUUCUACACCAUUAGUAGAAGUAUUCACUCAAUCAAGUGCUGAUAUGGUUGAUUACCAUAAUUCUGUUGUUUUUCAAGCUCUUCGUAGUGAAAAUAGUUACCUUCGAAUUCAAGAGGAUGAACUAAUUGGAACAGAAGCCUCAGUAGAUGUGGCUACAAAGAAAAAUUUGGAGAGGUUAGUGGAAAUUGGAGAAAAAUUAUUGAAAAAACCACUUUCAAGGGUAAAUUUGGAAACAGGUUUGACAGAACCAAUUCCUAGAGGAGGCACUAAUGAGGAAGCCCUUAAGAGGGUUGCAACAUUAUUGGUCAAUGAAAGAAGACUUCGUGAGUCAAGGUCGCCACUUAUUAUCAAGAAAGCCUCAAAGUAAUUCAUGAGUCAUCAAAAAAAUCUUACGUAUAAAAAUUGAGUUUAAGUAAUAUUUGUUGUUAGUAUAAAUUUUCUAGCUAUAUUUCUGAUGAAAUUUUCAAUUUUGAAACUAAUAUUAGGUAUAGGCAG